CUUGGGGAAUACAGCUGGGUUCUUAUGGGAAAUCCUCACACGAAUAAUGUUGUUUCGUGCCAUCAUAGCAAUUCUGAUAAACUUCAGACAAAAUUCUAAAUAUCUUGGGAAUUUCAGUGGAAAAGCAUCUGAUACAUUUUACGAAUGUCUGUCCCUACCCUUUCACUUGUAUUUGUUUCUUAAAAGUUGCCACAGGACAUAUUCCAAUGCCAGAAAAGCAGCUUAUUUAUUUAUUUAUGAACGGUAUAAAAAUAGUUUCUCUUUUUACACCAGUGUCCGUUCUGUCUGUUGCAUCACAGCAGUGCAUGGUUCGAGGCUAGUGCUUGCAACCAGACACCCACUGAAAUUGUAAUCUCUUUAGUAACCUGUCCGUUACAAGAUGUUUGUCUUCACAUUGUAGCUGUACUCACGUACACAGCCAGUCACGUGUAGCAGCUGACCAUGGAAAUAGAUUUUUCUCCACAUCACCUGAAACUUUGCUCUGACUCUAAUGGCAAAAUCGGUAUAUGGAUGCACUGAGUAAAAACCGUAGCUGUGUCUCCUAUGGAUCCAAUGCUCUGACUGAGGGACUGGAGCACCUCCGAGGCUUAAUCUUGGAAGAUGGUCGUAAUGGCACAAUCCAGUGCCCUCACAAUCAGUGCUGUUUUGGCAUCUGGAACCUGAACCAAGGACAACUUCAAGCCAAGGUGCAAGGUUGCUGGAUUAGUGAAAAGGAAGCCUGUGAUUCUUCAGCUUGUGAGUUUCGCUCUUCCACGGCCAUCACCUUGUCCUGUAGGUGCCGCUCUGACCUGUGUAACGCUAACAUCAGCUAUGCUGAGCCUGGGAAGCGACAGGCUGAGUCCUUGCCUAGUCCCAGCAGGAUCAUCUGGAUCACUGUAACCUGCCUACUGAUCCUUUUAUGUUGUCUGGCCUUUCUAGUUCUAAGGUAUUGGAAAGUUCAUGCAGUGCUACUAGGACCAAAAGAAACUGGAGAACUCAACAAGGUAACUACAGGCUCGGAACUAAAGGAUGAGAAAAAACUGCCCAGGCAAGAGCUUCCAGACCUCCGAUUCCUUCAGCUUCUCCAUGAUGGGCAGUUUUCCAAGCUGUGGCAAGGAACAUUCUGCCAGCAGCCUGUGGCCAUCAAGGCUUUUCCCCCUUUGUGCCACCAACAAUUUGCAUCUGAGUGGGCCAUGCACAGCCUCCCAUUGAUGAACCACGAAAAUGUGGUACGACUUGUGGCUGCUGGAUAUGGGGGGCCAAGCGAAGAACGGUGUGGCCUCCUGGUACUGACACUGUACCCAUUGGGAUCCCUGCGGAACUUCCUCAGCCAGCAUGUUUGUUCCUGGGAUAUCAGCAUCCAGCUCGGAUCAUCCCUUGCCAGAGGCCUUGCUUUCUUACAUGAGGAACUAUGGAAGGAAGGCCUGCAUAAACCUGGGGUGGCGCAUCGUGACCUGAGCAGCCAGAAUGUGCUGGUGCGGGAAGACAGGACCUGCGUCAUAACUGAUUUUGGCCUUGCCAUGACACUCCCUCUGCAGCAUGAGCAGUCGAGAAAAGGUCCUGCAGAAGGCAUUGUCCACAAGGCAGGAGCCCCACGUUACAUAGCUCCCGAAAUUCUGGAUGAGAACUUGAACCUGCAAGAUUUGGGCUCUGCACUGAGGCAGGCUGAUGUCUACUCCCUGGCACUGGUACUGUGGGAGACCCUGAUGAGAUGCUCUGCACUUUUCCCAGAGGACAGUAUUCCUGCAUUCCAGCUUGCCUAUGAAGCAGAAUUAGGCAGCAGUCCUACGUACAGUGAACUACGAAGGUUGGCUGUUGAGGAAAGGCAAAGACCAAUUGUCCCACCAGCUUGGAGAAGAUUUGGGCAAGUAGCUAUUUACUUGCAAGAACUCCUAGAAGACUGUUGGGACCCUGAACCAGAGGCUCGUCUGCAGGCUGAGUGUGCCCUGCAAAGACUGCAAAGGCUGGGUACUGAGGAUCUGGUGAAAGAGUACUGAGGUCAAAGCAUUUUAGGCUUUCCACUCAGAUUUGCUUGGACAUCUUUGCUUAGAAGAGCUUUUAUUUUUGGCUGAGAACAGCAGGAAGCCUUUAAGAAAUGCCAUCCAGGCCCAUCUUCUCAAUAGGACCCUACUGGGACAUUGUCAGUGUGGAUGGAUGUAUUUUUUAUAAGUGCUGUCCACUAAAUCAACUUGAAUUGCAUUUGUUAAUUACUGUUUACUUGGGUCCCAUCCUGUACCAAUCUUUUGCCCUGGGAUUUUUCAUCAUUCCAGUCUCUCUAUAUAGCACAAUAUAUUUCUGGAACCUUAAACACCUUUUCUUGGGAAUAAUUCCCAGUGAACCCAAUGGGAUAUUUCUGAAUGGAUACUAUAUGCAUAGUUGAUAGCAUGCAUAGUUGCCCAGAUACAGAAAUAAGUUUUAGAUGAAGAAUUUGGAUUCCUAAGAAAGUCUCUUGACCAGACUUGCUGAGAAUUAUGGAGGUGCAACCCAGCGCAACUAAAGGACAUAAGAUUGGAAAAGAUUGUUUUGCUCUCUUCCACUGGAAACAAUUCAUUCUUCUGCCUGCAUCCAACUCAAUACCUCGACACCCUCCUUUUUUGCAAUAAUCCUUUUCAAGACAUUUGUUCAAGAUUGUUUAGGGAUAGUCAUUUAUUUGACGUAUCCUUGGUCUGAUGGGCUGCCUAGUCUAUGUUUGUUUUAAAGGGAGAGAACCUUAAGAAGGGAAGGUGGAAGAGGUCUUCAAGCAGACCAUCCAGAGGGAGACCUGGACUAUAGACUGAGUGCAAACGCAAGUCACCUGGGUCACAGUCUUCCCCAAGGUGAUGAGGUCUCUUAUAUUUGAAUUAUAAAUAUUUUUUCUUAGUUUUCAUUUUUAAAGAAGCACA